AUGUACACAUUUAAACGACCACAACAACAGCAACCGCAGCUUCAGGGGGCCAACAUGGGCGUCACCGAUGCGGUGGACCCUCCCGCAACGGGUGCCCCUUUUGUGGAUGGAGAUAACACGGCGUACCCCGCGGUGGCCGCUCAGGCUUCGCAAGAAGGUGUGGGAGAGGAGGCACAACAGCAGCAACAUCAGCAACCCGCAGGAUAUCUAUCGGAAGAGGCUACUGCUGAAGAGGCUCUUCAAUAUUGCCAGCAGAUGGUGUUGCGUAACCCUGUCUCACCCCCACCAACGUGGAGCGGUGCACGUCAGGUGUUGCCGGCUACGGUUCCAGAGUUGCAUCUCAUACCCUCUGCGCCUGUACAAGCGCAGCAGCCACCGCAUAUAACACCAUCGGCGUCUGUAGUGCUGCAACUUGACGGUGUUGUGCCGGAGGGAAUGACACCAAAGGAAUACGGCAGAAGUCUUGUGAAGUAUAUCGUUGAGCUCCUUGCCUAUCAGCGGGCGACAACUGCAAUAACGUCGCUGCGUUUUGUAAAGAUGGGAACAGAGUUGAUGCAGCUUGUUGUCACCUUUGGGCGUGAUGUGAGGUUGGCAAUGCGCGUCAUGGAGGAGUUUACCAAUGUUGGCCUUUGUGCGGGUUUUGUGUUGGAAGACGAUGGGGACCUGAAUAGUGGCGGCAGUUUUGGUGGCAACAAACGGGUAGUGCCACCGUGCGCUACGUUUCAAGUUACGGACUAUCAAUUUCUGCUUAAUGGAGGACGUGGCAUAACAAGCGAGGACAUUGGUUCUCUCUUUCAACCGGAAACUGGAAACGGGGAAAAUGAUAUGAAUGUUAUUUCCGGUUUUGAGCCUGGUGUCUUUUACGUGGCGGUAAAGAAACCGGGGACGGUGUAUGAGUGGUUGUGGAACCCUUUCUGCUCGUUUCUCGUGCAAUAUACGCUGUUUCAGCGUUGCGGGGUGCUCAUCACAAUGGCAGACUGUAUGGAUGAGUUCUCGCAAUCCAAGGGAGGCCCGCGGGUAGCGGUGGGGCGCCAAAAAGGGUCGGACGUCGGGGAGAAUUCGAGGCUGCGGCGCGAUGUGAAGGAUGACACUGGUGAGACUAAUGAUUAUAGCAAUAAUGGGGCUAAAUACGAGGAUGAUGAGGCUGCUGACGACGACGAUUACCUUGGCAAGAGCAGCGACAUCGAGGAGAAGAGGGGAGGGAGGUGGGUAAGGUCUGGUAGUCCAAUGUGGUCUCGCAACGCUAAGGAAGAAGUUGAUAUAUUUGGGGGUUUGGGCACCGGGGUGAAACCACAAAAACUAAGUGAAGAGGACUUCGUCGACAAUGACAUCACUGAACUUCUUCAAGAGGUGAAGGCGGAUGGCCAAAAAGACGUGCGCACAGCAGAGCAACAGCAGAAGCCAAGCGCACGGCACCGCAGUGGCCAGUCAGCACCGCGUGCUGAGGCGCAUGCACCACCUGCCGCUGAAGUAAGCGUGCCUCAUGUUGCUGCCGCUCCACCCCGUGCAACGCCAGCACCGAUACCACAUAGUGGGUCGCAAUCAUGUCCUCCUUACGGUUCAUAUUAUGGCUAUGCUGCUCCAACUGCCGCUUGGCAGCAACCGCCACCACCCCCACCACCGCGUACGGACACGCCGCCUCCCUAUCAAGCAGCUGUCAUGAGUAACAUAAAUGAAAUGAAAGCACCGAAAACUGAUUAUCCUGAGUUAGUUGAAGAAGAAAUCUCUAAUGAGGAUGCUGAGGAGGGAAAUACCGGUGACAAUAACACAACUCAACAACCACCACCUCAGAUGAUGUAUUGGGGGUCAGGGGGAGGUCCGCCCGGGGGUGCGGCUGGCUAUUAUCCGCCAUCGACGUACGCGCAAUACGCAGCCCCACCAUACGGCUACCCGAUUCCUCAACAUCACCAUAGUCACGCCGUGCCAUCCUCUAUGCCUUCUAUUUUGGGGCAAUCAACAUUUGGCAGUUUCGUUCCAACAGUUCGAGUAGAGGAGCGGGUGGCCGUGCAGGUGCAACCAAUCACGAUAAAUGGCGCACCGUGUGUGUCUUCUAUAACGGUGGAUGAUGUGAAUAGUUUGGCUGCGAAAAUUGUGGAAAGGGUGCAGUUGGCGUUCCCAUUGGGGGCCUUGCAAAAUGGAAACACAAACCUUUUAAAUAGCGGCGAAACCACAACGCGCGUCGAUGGUGAAUAUGAAGGUCCAAUUGAGACAGCACAGGCAAUGCCGUCAAACAACGAAGGUGAAGACCGCCUGCGUGAUAAAGAAUUGAUGUUUCCUAGCAUUCCUUGCGAUUUCUCUGUGCCACCCUUGAGCCCUGAGGUAGAAGACAUCGUUUCAUUUCUGCAGCAGCACUCUGCCGACAUCCGAAUUAUUUUAACUAGUACCAGCGAGGAAUUCAAUGAUGGUCGGUCGCGUAUUGUGGAAGCACUACUGGUGGAAAAUAGCGGUAGCUGCAAUGAUGAACAGGCGGCUUGGGACCAACAAUAUGCCCGACCAAAAGAUGGAGAAACAAUAGCUUCUGUUGAGGCAACGACCACGGCGGGUAAGCCAGCAACGGAAACUGAAGGGACUCAGCCGAAGAAGAUUAAACAACUUCCAACGCUUCUACCCUACCUGCUGGCUAGCAAAGGAGCGAUAUCAAUCCUGACAGCACUCGCCAACUGCCAUGCAGCGAAGUUACUUCCCCUUCUGUGUCGCUGUAUUCUUCCGUUUUUGUUAGACACAACAGUGGUGCAGUCUGUUGGUGUCGUGGCCCUCCGAAGCGACCCCACGGCAGCAAACCCCCUUGUGCUUCGCCUCUUGCGCCACUGGGCCUCUUUAGCCAUGUGGUUGCACGAACACAUCCAGAGCCUGGCUGGUGAGUCAGCACAAACAUCACAAGCAGCAGCAAUGGGUCGACUGACGUCCCAAGUAGGGAGUGCGAUUGACGCGCUCCUGACAGCCAUGUCGAGUGAGCAGCGAGAGAGUGUUGCAGAGUUCUUGGCAGAAACGAAGGCAUUGGAAACGUUUUUUCAGUCAAUGCCGGAGUGUCCUCAAAGUGGUAAGAAGGAAGAAAAUUUGAAAGGAGAGGUAUCGAGACAGUCCAGUUUCAUGCUUUGGGAUAUCGAAGGUGCUGUGUACCGGUCACUACUGCGGUUGUACCUAAAUGCGGACUUCUUCAACGGCGAGGAAUUCGCAAACAUACUGUACGCUUCAAAAACUAGCCUGACACGUGACCACUUCUAUUUCAUUCGUGUCGCCCUUUCGAAGAGUAAUGUGAGUCCCACACUGAGCGUCGAAACCGCUCGUCUUUGCGGCGCUUUCUUGCGCCUCAUGGAGUUGAUGCCCCGGGAUAUUGGUAAGAACAAAGAGGUUGACAAAAACUCUGGUGUGCGGUGCGUAUUCACUGAUCACGACGCCUUGAAUCUUCUUGAAGCAGCGUUGCGCGUUCAACCUUCUGAGGAGGCAUAUCAAUCUCUUCGAAGUGCGUACUUUGCGAAACCUGCCUCCGAGGAGCGCUAUGAGCAAAUCGAGAAGAAGUUGUCGUCCACGGUGCUUCCUCCACCGUAUCCUCAACAGCCGGCCAACAUCACAACAGCCAUAUUGGGCACAUCAUCCAGUUACAAUCCGCAACCGAGUUCUGAUGCACAACAGCACGUUACAACAAGGCGAUGGCUGCCGGAGUGGACGGCUGCAAUGCGUCACUACCCGCGAACUGGUGAGCCCUUCACUCCGCUUCCGACAGGUUGGACGUCUGCAAUGAGCCGUUCGUAUGGGUACUACUACUUUAGGGACGGCAAAAGCCCUGCCACUUAUAAACACCCGACAGAUGCAACAGAGUUUAUGGUAGCUCCGCAAGCUUUUCUGCUGGAAGCCAGGACAGCGGUGACGUUAGACGAAGUUCUUGAGUACGCGAAUCGGAUGUCACAGGAGUGUAGAACUGAUGAUGCCUCCCGAGAACAACCUCCCAUCAUAACCAAGGAGGUUGCAGAGGAGUGGAUUAACGACCAGCGCAUUCGCCUGGAAGCCCUGGACCUGGCGGCUCUGGAUCUCAUGAAGGUGUCGUAUCAUACAGUUGGAAGCGGCGGGAGGAGGUAUGGCGAGCGAAAUGAACACACUGAUGGGGACGGUGGCAGACGCGAUCGUCGCCGCAGACAUCAUAGCCACCGUAGACACGGCCGGAGCAGGAGGAAACGGAGCAGAAGCAGGAGCAGGAGCAGAAGCACACGAGGCAGUAGAGAACGGCGGCAUUCGGAUAGGUCUCUGUCGAAGACCCUGAAGUUUAGUUCGUACCCCCCUCGUGGCCACCCUUUCCCGCACCUUCCCUAUCGCUGGACUUGUAAUUUGAGUGCUUCGAAGGGUCUGUAUUACUUUCGUGCACCUACUGGUUCCUUAGUGUUUACUCAUCCAGAUACCAGGCGUGAGUAUCGUGUCACACCACAAGCUUUUGCUCUUCAUCAUAACAUUCAAGUAGCCGCCAUUGCUACGACUUCUAGACGCCCCGUUGAGGAAGUUGAGCGCUGGUUGUCGGACCAGCGGAACCGUGAUGAAGACAUCGAUACGGCAGUAGUUCGUAUGAUACCGAUUACAUAUGUGUGGAGUUCAUGUGACGAUGAGGAGGGAGAUGAUGAAGGGAAAAGGUUCCACAGGGAGGAAGGUUCGUCGCGAUUGCACAGAAAAGAUUCAAGAAGGUGA